GGUGGCGCCUUUUAGCAUGCUCUCGCUGCUGUCCGCAUCGCUGGCGCUGGCCGGCACGGUCGGCCGUGACGGGCGCUUGGAGCAGCCUCCGCCGAGCGUGGGCCGGGAGCUGCGCGAGCUCAAGGACAACCCAUACGUGUGCGAGGAGGGCGUCGAGACGGCCAAGGAGGAAUGGAAGGUCUUCGGCACCAACCUGGGCGGCUGGCUCGUGCUGGAGCCGUGGAUCACGCCGUCGCUCUUCUACCAGUUCCUCUCCGUCGACCGCAAGUUUGGCAAGGAGGCGCCGGCCCACACGGGGAUGGACACGUACACGUUCUGCGCGGCGCUCGGCCCGAAGGAGGGCAACAAGCAGCUGCGCCGCCACUGGGCGAGCUGGGUGCGCGAGGAGGACGUGCGUGCCAUCGCGCAGUCGGGUGCGACGGUCGUGCGGAUCCCGGUCGGCGACUGGAUGUACGUGCCGUACGAGCCGUACAUCGGCUGCACCGACGGCUCUCUCGAGGAGCUGGAGCGGGCCCUCGCGCUGCUGCGCAAGUACGGGCUGCGCGCCCUCCUCGACGUGCACGCGAUGCAGGGGUCGCAGAACGGGUUCGACAACUCGGGCCAGGCUCUGCGAGUCAAGUGGACGCAGGUCUCGGCGCAGGACCCGGAGGCGGUGACCACCUUCGAGCACUGGCCGCAGCGCGCCGCCGACUGGCUCGCGCCGUACGACAACGCCAAGGGCGCCUACCCGCCCGAGAUGAACAAGACGGCGUACGACCGCUCGCUCGACGUCAUCCGCAAGCUGGCGGAGCGGCACCGCGGAGACGCGACCGUGUGGGGCGUCGAGCCGGUGAACGAGCCGUGGCAGAUGUACCCGACCGAGUGGAUCAAGCAGUUCUACUGGGACGCGUACCACAUCACGCGCGAGGCGGCCAAGGACUGGAAGUUCGUGAUGCACGACUCGUUCCGCGGCUACCCGGCGGAAUGGUGGGGCUUCAUGAAGGGCUGCCCCAACAAGGCGAUGGACUCGCACAUCUACCAGGCGUGGGCCAACCCGAUGAUCGCCAAGGGCUUCUUCGACGCCGCGUGCGGCAUGGCGGGCGGGCUGCGCACGAUGGAGGAGCAGCUCGACAUGCCGAUGAUCGUGGGCGAGUGGUCCCUCGCCACCGACAACUGCGCCAUGUGGCUCAACGGCCUCAACGACAACCUUCCAGGCUACCCGAAGGUAUCGUGCGCGAUGGUUCCCUGCCCGGAGCCAUACAUGGGGGAGCAGCCGGGCGCGCCGCCCGACGCCGAGGCGCCGCUGCAAGGCCCGUACGGGACGGGCGUGUCCGGCCCCAUGUUUGGGAAGUGCCCCGUCGGCAUGCCGUGGGGGACGCAGGAGAACGAGACGAUGAGCAGGCUGGCGAACCGCUACUUCAAGUCCUUCUCUGCGGGGCACGGCUGGUUCUUCUGGAACUUUCGCACCGAGCUCGAGCCCCGCUGGUCGUACCUCGAGGCGUGGCGGCUCGGCUGGUUCCAGAAGAAUGUGUCCGACUACACCUCGGACGCGGUGCAAGGCGCGUGCGACGAGGAGCCGCCCGCCGCCGUCGCGAAGCCGAUCGUCUCGGUCGAGGCGGUCUUUGACGCCGCCACCGCCGAGACGCCGCUCGGCGAUGUCCGCCUCGAGGGGGCAGCGGCGCCGGUGGCGGCCGCCGUUUGCGUCGCUGCGAUGCUCGCCGCCACGACGCUCGCCUUUCGCACGUGGCGCCUGCACGCGGCCCCGCCGGAACCGGACGAGUACCAGGAACUCGCAGGCCACACGAAAGGCUGAGCCGCGCUGGGGCCAGAGCAUGGGAGCAGGUCCGACAGCUGGGCGCAGUUGCGUUCGUUGGCUCCAGUCGCGCCCUGCCGCCCUGUCGCGCGCAUCCUCGCUCGCGCGCUGUCGGCCGAGCGAGGAGAUGCGCUUUCGAUACAUGUGCGCUUAAAUUAUAUGAUAAAC